AUUAUCAUAGUUUUUAUAGGUUAUAUUAUUAAACGUUAACGAAUAUUUGUGAUUAAACUUCGAUUUUGUUUCUUCUAUAUUAUAAAUAUUACAUAAAUAAUUUAAUCAUGUUCUCGAGAAAAAUGCUGUGUUUGUUAAGAAAUAUUUGGACUAAAGAGAAUACUAGAAAUAUUGCAUGCAUGUCUGCCUUACCAGAGACCCAUCAGAUGCUCUACAAAAUGUGUAAGGAUUUCUCUGAUAGUGAAUUGAAACCGAAAGCUUCUGAAUAUGAUAAAACACACACAUACCCCAAAGACGUUAUUAAAAAAAUGGGAGAAUUAGGAUUAAUGGCUAUGGCAGUACCAGAGGAUCUAGGUGGAGCAGGAUUGGAUUAUCUUGCUUAUAGUAUUGCAAUGGAAGAAAUAUCUCGCGGAUGUGCUUCUGCUGGUGUAAUUAUGUCAGUUAAUAAUUCUUUAUAUAUUGGCCCAAUAUUAGCUUUUGGAAAUGAAAAGCAAAAGAAAGAAUAUGUUACACCAUUCACAACAGGUGAUCGAGUAGGAUGCUUUGCACUUUCUGAACCAGGCAAUGGUUCAGAUGCAGGUGCUGCAUCUACUGUAGCAAAGUAUAAUGAUGAUAAAUAUGUAUUAAAUGGUACAAAAGCUUGGAUAACAAAUGGCUAUGAAUCCGAAGGGGUCGUGGUGUUUGCAACAACUGAUAAAUCACUCAAACACAAAGGCAUUUCUGCAUUUUUGUUACCAAAACCAAUAAAUGGGCUAACAGUGGGAAAGAAGGAAGAUAAAUUAGGCAUACGUGCAUCAUCUACAUGCAGCUUAAUAUUUGAGGAUUGUAUAUUAUCAAAAGAAAAUCUACUUGGAGAAUUAGGAAUGGGUUUUAAAAUCGCUAUGAUGACUUUAGAUUCAGGAAGGAUAGGUAUUGCAUCUCAAGCACUAGGCAUAGCUCAAGCAUCGUUAGAAUGCGCGAUAGAAUAUGCACAAAAGCGUACGGCUUUUGGAAAACCAAUUUCAAAGUUACAAGCAAUUCAAGAAAAACUGGCCGAAAUGGCUUUGAGAUUAGAAUCUGCCAGAUUAUUAACAUGGAGAGCCGCUUGGCUUAAAGAUCAACAUCAGCCUUAUUCAAAAGAAGCAGCUAUGGCAAAACUGUCUGCUUCUGAGGCGGCUACCUAUCUAUCGCAUCAAUGCAUUCAGAUUCUAGGCGGCAUGGGUUAUGUCACUGAUAUGCCCGCAGAAAGGCAUUAUAGAGAUGCUAGAAUUACUGAAAUAUAUGAAGGUACAUCUGAGAUACAGCGAUUAGUAAUUGCUGGCCAGCUACUUAAAGAGUAUGCUGCAUAAUUAUUUAUACACUAUAUAAUUAUAUCUUUUAUAUUAAAUUUUGAUAAAGAAGUGAAUAUAAAAAAGAUUAAAUUUAAUUACAAGCGUAUAAUUGUAUAUUGUUUGAUUUACACCAAUAAAGGCAGAUCAGUAAGUUGAGUU